AUGCAUAAGAGGACUCAACUAUAUAUGAUCACCACAGAGGAUGAUUGCUCCGAUGAAGAACCUCUUGACACACAAGUUACUGAAGAGGAGACAGGGGAAGUUGCUCAAAUAUCUGUGAAUGAUGUAGCUGGUAUCUCCGAUUACAAGACAAUAUGUGUCAAAGGAAUGCAUGGGAAACGAGCUUUGUUUGUUCUCAUUGAUUCCGGCUCAACUCACAACUUCAUUAGUCCUCAAGCAGCCGCUCAGUUAGGUUGUGUGAUUCAGACCUCUGGUCUUUCUCGAGUCUCCGUAGCUGAUGGUCGUCGACUUCCGGUUACUGGUAAAAUUGAUAAGUUUCAGUGGUAUUUUCAGCACACCUUGUUUCAAGCAGAUUUCAUGGUGAUCCCACUCGGAGGCUGUAAUAUCGUGUUAGGCGUCCAAUGGUUAGCCACGUUGGGCCCUAUAACGUGGGAUUUCCAGAAGCUGGAGAUGGGAUUUAAAUAUGGUCACGCCAAGGUUUUACUUCACGGUAUCAAGGAAGGCUCAGUUCGUCAAAUAAAGGCAGCCAAGCUCAAUAAACUUCGUGAAACAGAUGUCCAAUUAGCAAUGAUCUACGUCCAAGAUUAUUGUCCUGGUGACGAGGUUUCUUUAUAUUCAUUAGACGCCUCCUCCACUGUAGAGCCUCUUUGUUCUGACAUACAUCAUCUUUUUGAUGAAUUCCAUGAUAUCUUCCUGGAACCAACAACCUUGCCACCUUUUCGCCAUGACCAUAACCACAAGAUUCCCCUGCUCGAAGGUUCCAACCCUAUCAACCAAAGACCUUAUCGCUACGCCAUUCAUCAGAAGAAUGAGAUCGAUAAAAUAGUGCAAGAGAUGUUAACCGCUGGUACAAUUCAAGCAAGCUCUAGCUCUUACGCUUCACCGGUGGUUUUGGUCAAGAAGAAAGACGGUUCUUGGCGUCUUUGUGUCGACUAUCGUGGUCUCAACAACAUGACUGUUAAAGACCGGUUCCCUAUUCCGUUAAUCGAAGACCUUAUGGAUGAAUUGGGUGGAUCUGUCAUUUACUCCAAGAUCGAUUUAAGAGCAGGCUAUCACCAAGUGCGAAUGGACCCCGGCGAUAUUCAUAAAACAGCUUUCAAAACUCAUGCUGGCCAUUAUGAAUAUCUCGUUAUGCCCUUUGGGCUUACUAAUGCCCCUGCAACGUUUCAAGGCUUGAUGAACUUUGUUUUUCAGAGUUUCUUACGCAAUUUUGUCCUCAUAUUUUUUGAUGACAUCUUAGUCUAUAGUUCUUCGCUGGAGUCUCACGUGCGCCACCUUUGCCGUGUGUUUGAAUUGAUGAGAACUAACAACUUAUUUGCUAAGCAGAGCAAAUGUAUCUUUGCUACAAAAUGGGUCGAGUACUUAGGUCACUACAUUGAAGCAAAAGGUAUCUCCACUGACCCUAGCAAGGUCAAGGCGGUUAAUGAAUGGCCCGUUCCCAAGGAUCUUAACAACUCCGUGGAUUCCUGGGGUUGGAUGGUUAUUAUCGUCGUUUUGUUCGGAGCUUUGGAACCAUAG